AAAAAGCUGCACGCCACGCCAAGCCACGCCACGGCCGGCUAUAGUAGAUAGGCCGCGUGCGAUCGAGCCAGGCGCCAUUUCACUUCUCCUCGCGAAGGCCUCUGCUUCAAUUAAAUUCGUAGUGCUACAAGAGCUAAACAUCGAUCAGUUUCUAGCUGCAAGCGCAAACCGAUCUUCUGCGAUCGAUCGAUGGGCGAGGCCAACGUCUCCGGCGCGCCACCAGCCGUCGCCUCGGUGCGCGUGCUCGCCGUGUCCCGCGUCGUGCCGGAGCCGGCGGGGCGCACCGCGGGUGAAGGACCUGUGAAGCUGUCCUUCUUCGACACGCCGUGGGUCGUGCUGCCGCCGAUCCAGCGGGUGUUCCUGUACGAGCUACCCGGCGCCGACGAGUUCCCGGCGGUGGUCAGGCGGCUCAAGGAGUCCCUCGCUGCAACGCUCGCGCUCUACCUCCCGCUCGCCGGGAAGCUUGCGUACGUGCCAGAGACCGGCGACGUCGUCGUGGACUGCGCCGACCCCGGGGUGGCCUUUGUCGAGGCCGAGGCGGCCGAAGGCAGCGACAUGGACGUGCGGCGGCUCGCGGGCAACGAGGCGCACGACAUCCCGGCGUUCCUCGCCCUGGUGCCGGAGCUCGACGCCAAAGUGCUCCCGGCUCCCGUGCUGCUCGUGCAGACCACGAGGCUCGGCGGCGGCCUGGCGCUCGGCCUGUCCGUGCUCCACGCCGUCGCCGACGGCCAGGCUGUAUGGAGGUUCAUGGGCGCGUGGGCGGCCGCCUCCCGCGAGGGCUCGCCUGUGACCAAAUCCCUCGGCCCGCCGCACUACAGCCGGGACGCCAUCAACGUUCCCGGCGGCGACGAGUUCGCGCGGGAGAUGCUCAAGAAGGUCGCGCCCAAUCUUCCCGUGGCCAACGCGAUGGGCUAUGACUUCAGCCAGCGCUUCCGGCUGGCGCGCCGGACAUUCUACCUCGCCGCCGACGACAUCCGGUCGCUGAAGCGGCACAUCGACGCGCUCGCCUUGGCCGAGAACGCCGCCGGAGACAAUGAGGCGCCCAUCAGCUGCAAGCCGGUGUCGACGUUCGUGGCGCUGUCGGCGCUGGGCUGGACGGCGUUCGUGCGGUCCAAGGGCCUCGCCUCCGGGGACGACACGUACCUCAUGUUCCUGGCCGACCUACGCGCUCGCCUCGACCCGCCCGUCGGCGACGGCUACCUCGGCAACUGCAUCAAGGGCUGCCUCGCGAGCGCCGACGCCGGGGACCUCCUCGGAGAGCGCGGGCUCCUGCACGCGUCGCGGGCGAUCCAGGCGGCGGUGGCGGAGAUGGAGGCGGCGCCGCUGGCGGGGACGGAGCGGUGGAUCGAGCGGGUGAUGACGCUGCCGUUUGCGCGGCUGGCGAACGUGGCGGCGAGCCCGCGGUUCCGCGUCUACGAGGCGGCGGACCUCGGGUUCGGGCAGCCCGCGCGCGUGGAGCUGGUGUCGAUGAACCACGACGGGGAGAUGGUGCUCGUCGGCGGCCGGCGCGACGGCGAGGUGCAGCUAUCCGUGUCGCUCGACCCCGCCCGCAUGGACGCGUUCAAGGCGCACAUCCUCGCCAUCGAUUGAUGGGUCUAUCUCCCCCGCUGCUAGCUAACUGCAACGCGCUGGGAAUCAAGAACGCCAUGGGCAGACGUGAACCAUACAGGUCAUAAGAAGUUCUACAAGUACCCAACAACUAUUUUGCCGUUUAUCUAUUUUUUCAAUCAAUUGUUUCGAUAGUAAAAAAGAUCGAUGGAGAUCAGUCCUAAACUGUCUGCUUGGUUAUUCAUAAUUUGGGAAAAUUAAGGAUUGGCGACAGAAGCUCUUUUGGAACAGAAGCUCGAAUGUUGUUUCAGACAUGAGAAACUGAUAGUAAGAAGGAGAGCAUGUGUUGUCGCCAUGCGCGUACGGGCUUGAUCGAUCGGCCGGACCAAUCAACGUACGCAUUCAUGUGUCGCCAUCUCAUGGCUCCACCUCCGGCGACUUACACGAC